CAUUGGCGUAACACCGCGCAGCCGACGCUGCGGAACAGACGGGUGAACGCACUCUGCGAUCGAUUGGCGGUGCUGCGCGCCUGGCUGUGUACAACCAGCGGCCGCCAUGUUGCUGUCGGGCCUAUUCCGCUCCGCCGUCUCUCACUCGGUAAGACAGAUUCGCUAUGUACAAAGGACAGCCCAAUGUGCAGGAGGAAGUGGUGCAGCCUCAUUUACACAUAGGGAUACGCCUGACAACAAUGAUGAAACACCCUUUGAUUUCACACCAGAAAAUUACAAGCGACUCGAGGUUAUAAUUGAUAGCUAUCCAGAAGGACAUCAAUCAGCUGCCGUAAUCCCAGUGCUGGAUCUGGCACAGAGACAAAAUGGUUGGCUGCCUCUCUCAGCAAUGAACAAGGUUGCUGAGAUUUUAAAAAUGCCUACUAUGAGAGUGUAUGAAGUGGCCACGUUUUACACUAUGUUUAAUCGCAAGCCGAUGGGCAAGCACCACAUUCAAAUCUGUACAACGACACCCUGUAUGCUGUGCGACUCUGACAGCAUUUUAAAAUGCAUCAAGGAGAAACUUGGUAUUGCAAUUGGAGAAACAACACCUGAUAAGCUUUUUACCGUCACAGAGGUGGAGUGUCUGGGUGCAUGCGUGAAUGCACCAAUGGUUCAAAUUAAUGACAAUUAUUAUGAGGAUCUAACACCAAAAGACAUGGAGGAAAUAAUUGAUGAAUUAAAGGCAGGCAAGAUUCCUAAACCUGGCCCAAGGAAUGGACGAUUUUCUUGCGAGCCUGCUGGAGGUUUAACUUCGUUGUUGGAACCACCCAAGGAGCCUGGUUUUGGACUUCAGCCAGGACUUUAGCUAAUCUUGUAGCUAGAAGGAGCUGCUAAUUUCCCGAACUGAUCUUAUCUUGGUAUUUGUGUGCAAACAAAAUGUAUAUAAUAAAAUGUUUCUCAUACUGCAA